AUGCCUCGUCCAACUGAUCAAGCAACAAAUGAUUAUUUAAUUGAUAUUGGUAGAAUUCUUAGUGGUGCAGCAAACGUAGAUGCUGAUGAAAAAAGUGAUAUUUUAUUGCGUGUUACAUCAGCACUUGACCUGACCGAAACACAAUUACAAACAUGCAAAGGAAAAAAUAUUCGAAUUACUGUUCGUCAGAUAAUGAAAAUGAUACAUCCUGAUACACCAAUUGGCUUCAAAUUUGCUGAUGUUGAUCGUGAUCACAUCGCUGCUGCUCGAGAAUAUGCACGUUUAAUGCAUCCGCAGGAAGAGACAAUGUAUACUGAUGGUGAUCUCAAUCAUGCGAUGGGACAUUUUUUUGCAGCUAAAACACACAAGCAAAGUUUGAAAAAUUAUAAUGAUGAAUAA